AUGGUAAAGCCAAAUAUUGUGCAGCUUCGUGACAGACUUUGUAGGGCACAAGGAGAUCCAGCACCAGGACAACAGGAGUCACCUAAAGUUCCUUAUGAGAGGCAGCAGCUGCCCAAGGGCAGGCCUGGACCAGUUGCUGGCCACACACAGAUGCCAAGAGUUCCAGCUCAACAAUACUAUCCCCAUGGAGAAAAUCCUCCACCUCCAGGCUUCAUAAUGCAUGGGAAUGUUAAUCCAAAUGUUGCCGCAGCUCAGCUUCCCACAUCUCCCGGCCACACGCACACCCAGGUGCCACCUUAUCCACAGCCACAGCCUUCUCAGCCAGCCCAGCAGUAUUCCUUCGGAACAGGGGGGUCAGCAGCGUAUCGACCUCAGCAGCCUGUUGCGCCCUCUGCUUCAAACGCUUACCCUAACACCCCGUACAUAUCUUCCGCUUCGUCCUAUUCCGGGCAGUCUCAGCUGUACACAGCACAGCACCAGGCCUCUCCACCUCCCUCCAGCCCCACUGCCUCGUUCCCUCCUCCCUCUCCCUCUGGAGCGUCCUUCCAGCACGGCGGACCAGGAGCUCCACCGUCAUCUUCAGCAUAUGCGCUGCCUCCUGGAGCAACAGGUACACUGCCUGCUGCCGGCGAGCUGCCUGCAUCCCAAAGAACAGAAAAUCAGUCUAUGCAAGACCAGGCAUCUAUGUUGGAAGAUACAGGCAUUCAGGGGCUUCCCUGGUGGCCCAGUGGUUCGAGCCCUGGUCUGGGAAGAUCCCACAUGCCACAGAGCAACUGGGCCCGUGAGCUACAACUACUGAGCCUGCGUGUCUGGAGCCUGUGCCCCGCAAUGGGAGGGGCUGCGAUAAUGCCUGAGAACUUUACGCCUCCUGUUCCCAUCACAUCACCGAUCAUGAACCCCUUGGGUGACCCCCAGUCACAGAUGCUGCAGCAACAGCCUUCAGCUCCAGGACCACUGUCAAGCCAAGCUUCCUUCCCGCAGCCACACCUUCCAGGUGGCCAGCCCUUCCACGGCAUACAGCAACCCCUCAGUCAACCAGGCAUGCCUCCGUCUUUUUCAAAGCCCAGUAUUGAAGGUGCCCCUGGGGCUCCUAUUGGAAAUACCAUGCAGCAUGUGCAGUCUUUGCCAACAGAAAAAAUUACCAAGAAACCUAUUCCAGAUGAACACCUCAUUCUAAAGACCACAUUUGAGGAUCUUAUUCAGCGCUGCCUCUCUUCAGCCACAGAUCCUCAAACCAAGAGGAAGCUAGAUGAUGCCAGCAAACGUUUGGAGUUUCUGUAUGAUAAACUUAGGGAACAGACACUUUCACCAACAAUCAUCAAUGGUUUACACAACAUCGCAAGGAGCAUUGAGACUCGAAACUACUCAGAAGGAUUGACCAUCCAUACGCACAUAGUUAGCACCAGCAACUUCAGUGAGACCUCUGCUUUUAUGCCAGUUCUCAAAGUUGUUCUCACCCAGGCCAAUAAGCUGGGUGUCUAAAGGAUGGCUUCACUCUCAGCCACUAUUGCCGUUUUUCCAAAGAAACAUGUUUUAAAAAACGAUAAGAUGUGGACCAGUCCUCCUUAGCAUGUUUCCAUAGCAGCCAGUCAAGAACAUUUACAUUGUUUCUGCAGAUAUACUCACCUUAGACCUGCUCAAAACCCUGGUGCUUUCUUUUGUUGUAAUCUUUGAUUGCCUGUGAUGAUUUUCCUAUUCUGCAAAUAAUGUAUUUCCUGGAUUACACAUAGUAUGCUUUCCUGAAGUAUUCUGAUAAAAUAUGGUUUCUGAAACCUCAGGUUUACUUUUUGGAGAAGGAGCCUUUGGUUAUGUGUAAAGCAGAGCUGCAACUAAAUUUCUUUCAUGUCUUCCCUACUUCCUCCGUGUCAAUCAUAUUAAAGUGUGUAAUCCUA